AUCAGUAAUGAUGCCAAUAAAUUGGACUUGCUAAAACCAACACCCAGUGAACAAGCAUGGAAUCAUACAGGCCAAAUAACGUGGGUAGUAUUGGCGUCCGGCGCUAACACCUGGGAUAGAUAUGCUGAUCAGGCAAAUGUAUACCACGCUUAUCAAAUGAUACACGCUCACGGUAUACCUGAUGAGAAUAUCAUAGUAUUUCACUACGAUGACCUGGCUGACAAUCCUAGUAACCCUUACCCUGGUACGGUAAUAAAUCUACCUGGUGGACCCGACGUUUAUAAGGGUGUACCCAAAACUUAUACGAAAACUGAUGUAACCCCAGAGAAUUUUUUGGCUGCCCUUAGAGGCGAUGAGAAACUUGAAAAGUCUGGCAAAAAAGUUGUCAAGAGUGGACCCAACGAUCGCAUAUUUGUUUUCUUAAAUGGUGCUCAUAGUGGUGAACAAACUGUAAUGUUUCCAAACGGUGUACUGCACGCCCAGGACUUGAAUAACGUAUUGAUUGAUAUGCAUAAGCAAAAUAGGUUCAAGGGAAUGACCUUUUACCUCGAUUCAAGUUAUUCAGGCUCUAUGUUUGACAAACUCCUACCUAAUAAUAGUAAUAUAUACGCGGUAACAACUUCUCGACCUGACCAGUUAACUUAUUUAUGUUACAACGACUCUAAAUGGGGAACUUAUCUAGCCACUGAAUUUGCUAAUGCAUGGCUUAAUGAUAGCGACCACAGCGAUUUGAGCAAGGAACUUUUAUCGGAACAAUUUGAAUUUAUUCACAAGUACCAGGUUUAUGAGGUGGCUAUGCAAUACGGAGACUUGUCUAUUGUAAAUGAAACUGUUGGCACUUAUAUGGGUAAUAAAAAAGUACCAAGUCAAACCUCAAUACAAACAGCGUGUAAGUCGGUUCCAGUACCUGAAGCACCGGUAUAUAGAUUACAGAGACUCAUAACGAGUACAAACAAUAUUGAGUUGAAACAAAAAUAUGUCACAGAAUUGGAGGGUUUGUUAAGCCGUCGGAAACUAAUGGAUAAACAGAUCGAGGAAUACGUGAAUGAAUUGCCGGCAAUUGACGCCAAUAUCACAUUGAAUGGCAAACUAGAGCUCAAUAACAGAGACUGUUAUAAACAAUUGGUUAACACUUUCUAUCAUAAGUGUUAUAAUUUAUCAAAGAAUACAUACGGAAUCCAAAAAUUGCAAACAUUUGUGAAUAUUUGCGAACAAAUGCGUGACUCGAGUGAUGCGGACAUUGCUGUCAACCGAUUGAUACAAUACUGCGAUAGAAAUGUUUAUUACAACUGA